GGCUGCUCUCUUGUGCAAUGUCCCCCCCUGUGACGGCAGUGCCGGGCUGGUAUAAUGGUAUAUAAGCUGGUGCAACUCAGCGCUGGACAUCCUGGCCCAUCAGCACCAUGAAAUCAGGCCUCCUCCUCGGGCUCCUCAGCCUCUGGGCUGACCUGCUGCCUGCCUCUGGGCAGCUCCGUCAAGCUAACGCAAUCUGCAAUCUCCCUGCGGAUCCUGGCCCAUGUUUCACCUACAGCCUCAACUACUUCUACAACUCGGGAACCAAGAGGUGUGAGGAGUUCAUUUAUGGCGGCUGCCAGGGGAAUGGGAAUAGGUUUGACACUAUGUUCAGGUGCCUCAAGACCUGUGGAAGCUCAGCUAAAGAUAUCUGCAAGCUCCCUGUGGAGCCUGGCCCAUGUCAGAUCUACAUGACCCGCUACUUCUACAACUCGGCCGCCAAGAAAUGUGAGAUGUUCCGGUACGGUGGCUGCCAGGGCAACGAGAACAGGUUUGCCACUAAAGAUGAAUGUCUCAAGACAUGUGGACAGCCUGGUAAGAGAAUGACGGUUUAA